AUGGAUAAUAAUAUUGAAAAAGACCUACUUUUAAAAUCCUAAACCCAUGCGGAUAGCUUACUUAAGAUGGUAAAAAAACUCAAAUCAGAAAAUUAAGCUUUAUUAACUUAAAUCCAAUAAUUAUAAAAACAAUUAAGUAUAUUAGGGGACAACUCCUUAUUUUAGAAGAUUCAAAGCGAAAACCUAAAGCUAACUUAAGAAAAUGAAUAGUUGGUUGAUAAAUAUAAAGAAUUAUAGUAAUAAAUUUAUGAUCUGAAACUUCAAAAUGCUAAUCUCUAAUAACAAUUAAAUCAACCUAAACAAGGAAUUCCAAAAAUAUCAAGCUCAAUAACAAAUGAAGAAUUAUAUUCAAAAUGUUUAUAAUUAGAGUUUUCAUAUAAAAAAUCAUAAUAAGAUAAUGAUCAAUUAAUUUAGAAAAAUUCUCAAUUAAUGAAUGAAAAAAAUCAACUUUUUGAAGAAUUAUAAAAAGUGGAGGAACUUUAUAAAUAAGCAAAAAGCUAAUCAAAUUUAUCUAUGUCUAUGUCCAUGCAAACUAUGGAAUUAUCACAAUAAAUAAUUGCCUAAAAUGACUACAAUAAAUCAUAGAUCAUACAUACCAAAUAAAAGGACUGUGUAAAACUUAUAUAAGAAUUUUAUAUAAUUUCUGUGCCAAUCACUUCAAUAAAAUAUUAAAAUCCUGAACCUAUGGUCCUAUUUAAACAUCCAAUUUAAUGUGAUUAAGAGCUUAAGACUCUAUUUCAAGUUUUGCCUUUGUUUGCAUUUCCAAGGGGGAUUAAAUGCUAGACAACUCAAUAAGCCAAAAAAGAUAUUUUAAGAGUUUUGUAGGAUGAAUAAUUAUUGGAUUUUUCAAUUUAAGUUUUUACUCCAAAUAAAGAUUCUGGAAAGGAUAUUAAAAAUGAAUUCAUCCAAAACACAAAUCCCGAUCAACUUCUUUAUGCUGUCAUUGUAUCAUCACCUGACUUUAUUGCAGAUAAAAAGUUAACCAAUUCACAUGAAUUAGUAUAGUAAAAGAAAUUAGGAAACCCAGCCUAGAACAUUUAUUUAUCUAAUGUAGCUUUUGUCAUAUUGACCUAUUAUCCAUACCAUAAGUUAUUCUAUUAAAUUGUAAAAAAUAUAAUAACAACCUUAAAAUAUGAAAGAAAUCAACUAUCCAAACAAGCCUUUGAUUAAGAAUAUGAUUUGAGAUCAAUAGAUUAGUAUUAUUUUACUAAUCACGAAAAUGAAAUUAGGAAAUAUUUAGAUUAAGUACAACAACUAACUCUCACUAAAAUAAUACAACCUAUAAAAUUAUUUGAUAACACAGAGUUUAUACAAAAUACUUAGUUGAGUCCAAUUUUAUAUAAUUUUGAAUUGGCCCCUAAUAAUCUAUUGUAAGGAUGGUCAGCUUCUAAUUUUGUCUUGGCAUUUUAAGCAGUUAUAUUGGAAUCUAAAGUAGCCAUCAUAAAUCGAUCAUAAAAGUAUAUUGCUUAUUUAAUGAUUUUGCUAUCAUUCUGUAUCAAACCCUUAAAUUAUUUUCAUCCUUUCAUAUUGGAUGUACCAGAAAAAUUAAUGCCACUUUUAGAUGCACCAGUCCCAGUAUUUUUAGGGUUAUAAAUGGAAGAAUUCCGAUAAUUCAAUGAUGACGUUGUUUAUGUUAACACAAUUUCUUCUAAUGUGGAGAUAGAAAAUGUAGAAAGAUUAAAAAGUAAUUUGUUAAUUGAAUUGGAAAAUCAGAUAAAACCAGUUUUAUGCAACUCCAAUAUAAUUUUAAUUAAAAAAAUUGAAUAGCUGUUGAAUAUUUUCAAAGAUUUCAUGAAUUAGGCAUUAAAUAGAAUUAAGAGUAAAUAAGCAAAAGAUUUAUUUUUACAAAAGAUUGAAGAGACUUAAAUUUAUUAAAUGUAUAAAUGA